UCUUUUGGCAGAAUGGCCUUGCAGACAGCAAUUCCUCCACCGACUCCCAGUGCCCAACUUGUUGGAAAUGCUUUCAUUGAGCAGUAUUACCAUAUUCUUCACAAUAACCCGGGCCUGGUCCAUAGAUUUUAUCAGGAUUCAAGUGUUCUAAGCCGGCCUGAUUCCAAUGGUGUGAUGACAUCAGUGACCACUAUGCAAGGAAUCAAUGAGAAGAUCCUUUCCUUAAAUUACAACGAAUAUAAGGCUGAAAUAAAGACCGCUGACGCUCAGAAGUCUUAUAAGGAUGGGGUAACUGUGUUAGUUACUGGAUGUUUAACGAGCAAGGAUAACUUGAAAAGGAAAUUCGCCCAAUCAUUUUUCCUUGCCCCUCAAGACAAUGGUGGUAUCAGAGCUCCAGUUUUUCGACUGGGGUUUCGUGGGAGUGAAAAAUCUGUCGGUGCUACAGUGACGGGUGAAUAG